AUGGCUCUGCUUCUGGCGCUCUUCCGUGGCACCAGACGUGUGAGCGCGUCUCCACACAUGGCUGCCCGCCAGAAAGGCCAGCGUUCCCGCCACCUUGCUGGGCACGGCUCUCCGGUCCGGUCUGCUGCUCGCCAGCUCAGCGCCCGGCAUGCUGCACCUCCGCCCGGAUACGUUCCUAAAACAUCCCUGAGCUCCCCGCCAUGGCCGGAGAUUGAGCUGCCCGACCCCGUCGAGGAGGCGAAGCACCAUGCAGAGGUCGUGAGCACAGUGAACAAGCUUGUCGCCACAGGCCAGUACGGCAGGCUCUUUGCCGUGGUACACUUCGCCAGCCACCAGUGGAAGGUGACCAAUGAGGACCUGAUUCUGAUUGACAACGAGCUGGACGUCGCCUGUGGCGAGAGGAUCCGCCUGGAGAAGGUUCUGCUGGUUGGAUCUGACAACUUCACGUUGCUUGGCAAGCCACUCCUGGGAAAGGAUCUGGUUCGAGUAGAAGCCACAGUCAUUGAAAAGACAGAAUCAUGGCCGAAAGUCAACAUGAAGUUCAAGAAGAGGAAAAACUACCGGAGGAAAAGAAUUAUUGUCACACCGCAGACUGUGCUCCGAAUCAACACCAUCGAGAUCGCGCCCUGCUUGGCGUGA